UCCAUCGGAGGAGAUGCCAGAGUCGUCAGAGGAGCUUGACGUUGGCUCGGACGAUGGGGAAGAUGUCGAAGUCCAGCAAAAGCACGGUCACCCCGACGACUCGAAAGAAACCGAGGACGAUCCCGUGAUCGCAGAUUUGCGGGACGAGUCAACUCAAGUAGUCGACUCCUCGGCUACUUCUGCGGCUGCCAAGACCAGCACUGCCUCCGAGAAGGAAAGGGUCCAACCCGCAGAGGAGCUGGCUCUGGAGCUCGGAGGAGGAACAUCGGAGCAGAAGGAAAAAACGCCUGAACCAUGCGAUCAGCCGAGUGGAGUAGACAGGCCCGUUGCCUCGGUGGCUACUCAGACUCCUGAGGUCGCUGGCGAACCGUCCACUUCUCUGGCCAAGCUGACCGCUUCAGAUCAUCAUUCGAAUGCACUUCGGGACGAGGCCGUCCGGCGUAGCAAGGACUGGGAAGACAAGUUUGCCUCGUUGACUCAGGAGUCAGAGGAGAAACUUGCCAACGUCCAACGUAAGUCGGAAGCUGCUCUGGCUCAGGCAAAACGCGAAGUACAAGAAACCACCUAUGCUCUUGUGGCCAACGCCCUGAGUCGUGACGACCAGCUAGCGAAACGCUUAGCCGACGUGGCCGGUGGUGUUGCUGGCGCGCUCGGUUCGACUGCUAGUUUUAGCAGCGAGAGUCGUGCGGAUGCUCUUGACAGUGCCGUGGUCACGAUCGAAGACAUCGGCGUUCGGACAAGGGACAUGGUCAUUAAAGCGGCCAAGGUUUUGGCAAGGUUGUUCCUGAGCAUGUUCCCUGAAGACGAGGUGCCAGCGACUCUGGGUGAGCUCGUGGAGUUUUUCAGUGGGGAGCCGGACCCCUUGGAGGAUUACUCCCGUGCUCAGACCAUUGCCGGCUCUGAAGCAGCAUUCAUACUGGCGCUUGCUCAUGGAGUCAACAAAGGGGUGCUGGAGAAGGCAGCGGAAGGCACGCCCAAGCAGCCCGACGGUCGAGACGCUGAUCUUUUGCCGUACGCGGAGUUGGCCAACAAGCUCGCCACGACGCUGUCGACUCUGCUGGAGAAGAUGAAUAGCGAGAGGGCCGCGACUCCGCCUGAGCAGGCGCCUGCAGGUGCUAGCGACAAGAAAAGAGAAGACGCCAGAAACGCUCCCAAUACUGCCAAUCGAGUGCCGAACCAGCCUGUUCUAGCGAGCGAUGCCAGCGGUCCAAAUUCCAAGAAAACUUCACGCGAACUCAAAUAUUUGCGAGAGCGGCUGAAGGACUCGGAAGCUCGUGCCAAGGACUUGGAGAAGCGCCUUCGUGGCAUUCUCGCCGAUACCGCGGUCCUCAAGGCUAAAGCCAAGGCCGCUGUCGACCGAGAGGAGCUUAUCCUGGAUGAGCUUAGGAAGGCGAGCUCCCAACUCGAGUAUCUUCGACUCGACCCGCGUGCUGAAGCGGAGAUGGUGAAAAAUCGCCUGAACGCUUUGGGGACCUCCGAUCGGGCAUCAAUUUGGUCUGACAGGGCGAGAGGCCACGCGCUGAUGCUGCUGCAGGUUCGGGUCGAACAUGUAAAGAUGUUCUUCCAGUCCUGCAAGCAAGCCUUGGUUCUUGUGCACAAUGCGUUCUGGCCCCUAAGACAAACGCCUGAGGGACUUGGAGCAUUGAUGCAAGAGUUUCGCAGUGGCACUGCCUUGAAGGAACUGGUGCGGCGGCAGCUCGUUAGGGGCGCAAAGUUGGCGCUGGGAUUUGUCCGGGUGAAGUACCCGCAGCUCGCUUUGGACAGGAUCCAUGAGCUUCCAGUUCAGACCGGCGAGAGGCCAUACUUCAAGUGUUUCCUUACGCCAUGAACAUCGUCCAACUCACCGCGCAGCUCUGACUGCUUGAAGGAGAAACGUGGAGUAUCAUCUCGCAAACUCACCAUGCAGCUCCGAUGCUCCCCGCUUCGCAAGUCGGAUAGAAGAGAAGGUGUUCUGAAGGCUGAAUCAAGUGCUCGUCGUAAAAUUGUGCUGCCGUUUGGGGCUGCUGCUAGAAGUGGACAAAGCGAUGCAGAAAGCUGGAAUAAAUCGAAGGAGCAGGUAGAGGAGGAACUCUCUGCGAAGGUGAAGGAUAUGGCUGUAGAUGGAAAGAAUGACAAGGAGGAGCAGUCGCCGAGUAAUGUAAGGACCAUGGCACAGAAUUGGGAGAAGGGAAAAGGGAACAGCAAAUCGCAGCAACCUGUUCCGACCUCAUCGAAUAUGAUUUCCCCGAUCCGCAACCUGCAAUAUGGUGACCCAAGGCUGAGUGGAAGUAGUAGUUCGCUGCAGACGAGUAAGUCUCCUAUCAUACCAUACCUGAGACGCAAGCGUUCUGCAGAACAGAAGGAAGAGGUGCCGAUGGAUACAGACAACAACAAUCUACCAUUGGUGCCCUACUCUGAGGCACCAAAGGGGAGUGCCCAGAAGAAAGGAAAGACCGGGGAGGAUACCGGGACUCAGGAACAGCUGAACAUGGAGGUGGAUAGUGAGGAGCGUAUGGCGGACAAGGCAGCGAUCAGUCAUGGGGCUACAGGCAAACUGACGGGGCCACAUGUGGUGCCCCGUCAGGGGCAAUGAAUUGCUUAAGUUGGAACUGCCGGGGGGCGGGGAAUCCCCGGACAGUUCUUGAUCUAGUCGCGCUUACACAAGCGAAUCACCCCAAGAUUGUUUUUCUUAGUGAGACUAGACAGGAAGUAGGAAAGAUGCAGCGUUUGAGAAAUUGUUUAGGUUUAAAAGGCUUUGCAGGAGUCAGUAGUGAUGGUCGUAGUGGUGGUUUAGCUCUCUUUUGGCAUGAACAUCUUUGUAUUGAUAUCCAGUCGAUGAAUGAAAGACAUAUUGAUGCGUA